CAGCCGCCGGAGCCGCCGCCGCCGAGGAGGCCGCGCGGGCACUUCCUGUGGAGGCCGCAGGGGCGCGGGCGCCGAGCAGGCCGAGGCCGAGCGAGCCAGCCAGCCAGCCGAGCCCCCGCCGCCGCCAUGGGCCAGAACGACCUGAUGGGCACGGCCGAGGACUUCGCCGACCAGUUCCUGCGUGUGACGAAACAGUACCUCCCCCACGUGGCGCGCCUCUGCCUGAUCAGCACCUUCCUGGAGGACGGCAUCCGCAUGUGGUUCCAGUGGAGUGAGCAGCGGGACUACAUUGACACCACCUGGAACUGCGGCUACCUCCUCGCCUCGUCCUUUGUGUUCAUCAACUUGUUGGGGCAGCUGACUGGCUGUGUCCUGGUGCUGAGCAGGAACUUUGUGCAGUAUGCCUGCUUUGGACUCUUUGGCAUCAUAGCGUUGCAGACGAUUGCCUACAGCAUUUUAUGGGACUUGAAGUUUUUGAUGAGGAACCUGGCCCUGGGCGGAGGCCUGCUGCUGCUGCUGGCCGAGUCCCGGUCGGAGGGGAAGAGCAUGUUCGCGGGCGUGCCCACCGUGCGCGAGAGCUCCCCCAGGCAGUACAUGCAGCUGGGGGGCAGGCUGCUGCUGGUCCUCAUGUUCAUGACCCUCCUGCACUUCGAUGCCAGCUUCUUUUCUAUUCUCCAGAACAUCGUGGGCACGGCUCUGAUGAUUUUAGUGGCCAUUGGAUUUAAAACCAAGCUGGCUGCGUUGACUCUCGUCAUCUGGCUGUUUGCCAUCAAUGUGUAUUUCAAUGCCUUCUGGACCAUUCCAGUCUACAAGCCCAUGCAUGACUUCCUGAAGUACGACUUCUUCCAGACCAUGUCUGUCAUCGGGGGCCUGCUCCUGGUGGUGGCUCUAGGCCCUGGGGGUGUUUCCAUGGAUGAGAAGAAGAAAGAGUGGUAACAGAUCCCUCCUGACCUGGCUGAGACCCGUGGCCACCGAGGACUGGUUCGGGGUGGAUGUGACGAAACUGCCAGCAUUUAUGUGUCCUCUUCUUUUCCCCUCCCUUGGUAAAGGCACAGAUGUUUUGAGAACUUUAUUUGCAGAGCACCUGAAAAUUGAUGGCUAAAUCUGCUUUGGAACCACAGCUUGGCAUCUCUGAGUAUUUAGUGCAGGCCACAACGGUUAGUGCCACACCCUAGGCAGGGCUUCUGGAGCGAGCAGCUUAGUUGGUUGUGGUCUCUCAGUCCCAUUUUAGUGUUUCCUUUUUUUGGGAGGGGGCCUUCAGGCUGUGCUGUGAGCCUAUACGUUUGUGUCUCAUUCAAAGCGGUCUCCCUUUUUUUUUUUUUUUAAGUUAAAACGUUUUUAGCUGAAACUCCUGAUUCGGAAUGGCCUGGCCAGAUACCAAACACAACUGUCCAACUCCUUGGUUUAAAAUCCCACCCCGGGGCUUCAGUGUCGUUGGCCCCCGCUUUGUAAUACUUGAUAGGAACAGGAAGAAAAACCAUUUCAGAGAAAUCCAAAGAAAUGAUGCAGUAUUAAAGGGGCAAGCGAAGCUGCUGCGUACAGCAAGACUUUAGUCAGAACGUCAGCUUGGGUUGGCAUCAAGUUUCUCUUUGGUGACACCCUAGUCAUGCGAGUUGCCCGAGGAGGAGCGUUCGUGGCUCGAGGCAGGCACCGAGGACUUCCGAGUCCUGGGGGAAGCGGCUGGCAGCUUGUGGUCCCCAGCCUGGCGGGCAGGACUAUGGUGAGGACACUGCAUACCAGGACAGCUGGCACAGCCCUUGGGCAAGUUGGCCUCCAUGGGCUCCUGCUGACCAGGCCGGGAGAGGCAGCAGCUGCCCUAGGGUAGAGCAGCGAGGCCGACUCCAAGACCUGGGCCUUGCAAACCAGUUACCUCACACUUGACCUUUCCACCAAGCAAGGUUUGAAAACCACAGAGCUCUGGCCUGACUUGGCACCAUCCCGUUUUUUUCUUUGGCUUGAGGGUUUUCCCAGGCUGCAGGUCCAAACUUACGCAGCCAUGACUUAGCGUUUCCACAAGGCUGUUGCUUGCUCAGUGUCUUUUUGCUAUGCUGAAUGCAACCCAGAUUACUUUUUACAAUUUGUGAUGCCUUACUGAUUUGAUCUUUAUCCUGUAUUUGAAGUUUUCUAACAUUGCCUUAUACUGUGGUUCUCUUCUUUGGGUGUCUGCUUAUUGCUCUUCUCUGCUUGUCUGCGCUGAAGUGACCACAUGAAAGGGCAGAUCCUCAGAUCCCUCUGGGGCGUGGCUGCCUGCGGCUGGGGACCAUAUCUGGGAACCAUAUCUGGGAAGGGGAAGCAGCUCACUCCAAAACUCUAAGGGAAGCCCUAACGUGGAGCUCAUUUUUUCUGAUAGCAGCAGCUAGGUGUGCACGACUUAAAGAGUGCCGUGGGCCCGGUCCUGAUCACGCUUGCCUUGUCAGCACCACAGAACAGGGUGGGCAGGCAUUUGCCACCAGGGCCUGGAAGCCUUACUUGGUCCUGCAGCCUGGGCCCCCCUCACCUGGUGGGAGUGAUGGGGCACCCAUUCUAGCCAACCCCACCCCCCCAGGGCCCAGCCACAGUGGAGGCCCCUCCCCAGCAUGUCUGCUUCAUCACCCCCCUAGUAGCCACAGGGCUAGAAGGUGGCUUAAGGACAGAGGGCUCUGUCCUUCCUGGUCACCCAGAUGCUUGCUGUGUGGACAGUGACUGCUAAUGGCGUUCGCUCUUGGCCCCUCCCCUAUGAACACAGCAUGACAGCCCCAGCAGAGAUGCCCCCCUGGCCAAGUCAGUUUCCCUGUGGCUGCUUUGGGAGGGCACGGGUCCCUCUUGGCCCUGCCCUUGGGCACUUUUGUUGGUUUGUGGAAAACAGGAGUGAACCAAGGAGGCCGGGGCGGGGGGCAGCCAUCACUAGCUCUGCUACAGCAGCCUUGGGUCUGGUGGUUUCCUGUCUCCCCGGCCCAAAGGGGGCAGGUGGGCAGGGUCAGAUGCCUUUGCUGGGAGGAGAGAAAGGAUGAUCUACUGAUUGGUUUUGGCAAAACAAUUUCUGAAAUGUAUGUGGGAAACAGGUAUAAAUUUCAUUUUAUGCUGUAUUUUAUAUCUUAGUUGUGUUUGAAAACGUUUUGAUUUUUGGAAACAUCAAAAUAAAUAAUGGCAUUUGUUGUA